CAUGCUGAAAAAGAAAAAAAACUCUCCAGCGUCUAAGUCACCAUAGAAACGUUCACGCAUGCGUACCUGACUGUUUUUAUUUGCGACGUAAAGAAACGACAUACGGCUGUAUGUGUAACCAGGAGCUGCCAGCUGUAGACGAAGAAAGGACGAAGUGGCAAAGGAGACCUGUCUUCUUUCUCGUCCCGUUUGAGUGACUCCACCUAACAAAGCUACACAUAAGUGAGCGGUGACACUGUUUUCUGACAUGGCCAACCCUUUACGGGGUGAGGUUAUCAAGCUUUAUAAAAAUCUGCUGUAUCUUGGCCGUGAGUACCCGAAGGGAUCAGCUUAUUUCAGAGAUCGCCUGAAGUCCGCCUUCAUGAAGAAUAAAGAUGUAACAGAUCCUGACAAGAUCAAAAUGCUUGUGGCUCGUGGAGACUUUGUCAUCAAGGAACUGGAGGCUCUUUAUUUCCUCAGAAAAUACAGAGCGAUGAAGAAGAGGUACUAUGAACCUGAAAAAUAAUUACGCACUUAGACUGCUCCAAAAUGUUUUUAUUAAGGGAAAAUCAUUUUUUUGGGACAGGGAGUCAAAGUGCAGUCCAAAACAGUGUCGGACAUAGUAAUCAGAUUAUGCAACAGUGUUUAAUUUUCACACAUUACAGCCUCACAAGGAGAAAAGACUAGCAUCUGUAAGGAGUGCCAAAAAAAUUGUUUGUUAAAGAAUGCACUUUGUAUUUUUGUACACAAGUUGUAUCUUGGUGCAGGUGUUUUAAAUAUUUAAAACUCUGUGUGUUAAUAUCAUGGGGUUUUCUUCAGAACAGUUAGGCCCAGUUUGGCUCUCUGGCACAUUGUUGGUCCAGCCAGACACAGCAUUUCUUCAGGUCAAUUAAUUUAAUGAACCAUUUUGAAAUGAGUGCUCAGAUCAUGUAAGUCAUCAGAGUUCAGUUAGUACAGAUGUCCACCGAGGGUGUGAUAAACUGCUGAAGCCUGUACUUUAUAUGAGACUGACUGAAUCAAAUUGUACAAUGAAAUGUCAGAGCUGUGGGAUGUAUUGUAUAAUGUAUAUAUUUGUAAAUACAUGGUCACAUUUCUUGAGUGAAUGUAAAGGGCUAUGUAUCAAUGCACUAUGUCCAGUGUAAGAAUAAAUACAAUAAAA